CCACAAAGUUUCGUAUUUCGCCAGGGAUCCUUUCUGCAGACGGUUCGCCCUUUAAAAGGUAGAAUAUUCAGAGAAAUACCAGUAGUGUGUUCGACAUAGGACAAGAGACUAUUUUAUCAAGUCCAGUAUUUGUGCGCAUUGCAGCAUUGCAGCGAAUUCACGUCUACAACUCUCAAACGGAGAUGGCUAAAAUAUUGUUGGCGCUUCUGGCGUUCAGCCAUUCUCUGAUCUUCGGCACAGGUCUGUCUUUGCCAUGUGGAGGGAAUUUCAAUGGAAAGCAAGGCGUCAUCAAAACACCAGGGUAUCCACAGACWUACAAAGAUAACUUAGAGUGCAUAUGGAAGAUCACAACCCCAAAAGACCACACGGUGAAACUUUCCUUCCUGCACUUUGCCCUGGAAAAGAGUGUACACUGCACUAAUGACUUUGUUAAGGUUUAUGAYGGUGGCAGCACUAGCAAAACCAUGAUAGGAAAAUAUUGUGGAGGAAUGAGACCUUUUGCUGUCCUGGCGAGCACGAAUAAAAUGACAGUGCAAUUCAAGUCAGACUAUACGUUGGGAUUUCCUGGUCUAAAAGCUAAAUUCGUGGCUGUUCCAAAGAAUGGCCCAGYUAUUCCCAAAACGACUCAACAACCUUCUCAAAAAGCUGUUGUAACCUCACUGCCAACCACAACAAGAACGMCUUCCACAGCAGCAUCAACAACGACAGCAACAACAACCACGCAAAUAACUACUAUUGCUACAACAUCAACAACGAAACAAGUGACUACUCCGGCAGUGUCUAUAUUCUUUGCAAAACCAUUUAAAAAUGUUACAGUCUGUAUAUCAGGGAGUACUUGCAAGUUAAUUUGUGAAGUACGUGGUUCCAAGAAGGGAAAACCUUUGACCAUUAAGUGGACAAAGGAUGACAACCCUAUCAACGGAGGUACGCCUCGUGUUAAAAUCAAAAGAAAAUAUAGAAAAAGCAAAAGAUCGGUACUGGUACUUAAGAAUGUCAGCAAAGAUGAUAAUGGUGUAUAUGGCUGCCACGUUACUGACCCCUAUAGUAAACAAUUCAUCAACAUCUUUGGGAAAUUACAAGUUGAAGAGCGCAAAAUCGAACCAGAGCCUCCGUUKAUCUUCAGUGCAAACCUUAAUGCCACAGUUGAUAUCAAUGAUGAGGUGGUGUUGAGUUGUAUGGUCAACGGAUCGCAACCUAUAACUAUAAGGUGGAUAGAAAACGAUGGUAAAAGUGUACUCGAUAAAGACCCGAAACGAUACACCAACUAUUACGAGUCAUUCCAUACCAUACACGUACAAGAACCCAUUUCUUUUGAAGUUCGAUGUGUAGCGGAAAAUCAAUAUGGCAGAGACGUGAAGACAGGCUUUAUUCGUGUCAAUAAAAGACCACCUGACGCAAAAGAAAAGCCAGUAAUUAUCAAUAUGGCAGCAUUAAAUCUUACCGCAAAAACUGGAGAAAAGGUUGUGCUUCGCUGUGGGGCCAACGGAGCACCACCCGUCUCGAUGAGAUGGUUGAUUGACAAUCGUUACUACAAGGGGAAACAAUCUCGAUACAAAGACAGCUAUACGUCACAUUUCACGUUAGUCGUCAAAAAGAGGACAAAGGUCAGAUGUGAAGCACAGAAUCCUUACGGCAUUGACGCAAAGACAGGAGUAAUUACCGUGCAGUCAGAUAUUGUAGCAAGAAAAKCAGGCCCAUGGGACACAUUUAAACCAGGGAAAAAGAUGUUCUACAUCGUUAUCGCUGGAGGCAUUGCAUUCUUSAUACUUGUUGUCAUUACCAUCGCUUGUUUUCGAAAGAAAGCUGCAAAUACGAAGUACAAAGUACCUGAGCCUAUCCACCUCGAACARCUUACAAGAAACCCAAUUUUUGAAAGAACCAACAAUACUUAUGUCAAUCCGAAGAUUGAAAAAUGGAAUAUACACAGAAAUAAUAUUGAGUUCAUUAAAGACAUCGAAAAUGGAGUAUUUCGUCGACUCUUUCUUGGAAAAAUGACUCAUACUUCAAGAGGAGAACAAGACGCACUCGUCCAAGUAAAAGUCUUGAAAGAAUCAUCCCCCACAGAUUCCAAUAAAGAAACUUUCGAAGAAGAAGCCAUUGAACUUACUUCAUAUGACCAUCCCAACGUGCAAAGCCUUGUGGGUGUGUGCGUCACAGGAAGACCGCUGUGCUUAGUUUUCGAGUGCUCAGAUCGUGGGGACUUGAAUCAAUUCCUGCGCGACUCGGGCUGCUCGCACUACAUCAUUCGUGAAAGACCUAAUUCAUCGUUAGAUCCUGACACGAAGCUAUCAAAACUCGAUCAGUUGUGUAUUGCAAAGCAAAUAGCAGCGGGAAUGCAAUAUUUAUCAGAUAGGAGAUAUAGUCAUAGAGAACUUUGUACGAAAAACUGUAUGAUCAACAAAAAUAUGACCGUUAAAGUCGCAAAUAUCGGUUUGCACGAUGCAAAGCCGAAUACAUCGUACGGGUGCCUGGGUCCGAUUGAAAAGUCCUCGUACCCAGUCCGUUGGCUUCCAUUUGAGAGCGUCACAUCCGGGAUAUUCACAGACACAACGGACGUAUGGUCUUUUGGAAUAGUAUUAUGGGAAAUCUACUCUUAUGGUAUUACACCUUAUUAUGGGAUGAAUAAUGAUGAAGUCAUAGCGUUGGUCCGCGAAGGGGACAUUCUACCGCUUCCCAAGGAGUGUCCCCGAGAAAUGUACGAUGUCAUGCAGGAUUGCUGGAGUCUUGUUCCUCACGAAAGACCAUCGUUUCGAUUUUUAUAUGAGAAAAUUUCAGC